CCUCCCGCUCUGUUCCUGUGCUACUGCGAGUGUAACUACCGCCCCUCCCCUCUCUGCUCAGCGCAAGCACAAGGCUCACGUGCGGAGUGAAGCGGAAAAAAGUGCGAGAGAGAGGGUGAGAGAAAGAAGAAAAAACCCACGGCUCCCAAUAAGGAGUCGGCUCGCGUCGUUCACUUCAAAGAUGCGGCUCUAAGAGCCGUUUCGUUCACGACGACGCAUCACUACCCAGCACUAUAUAUUCAACAGCAGCAGCGAGGAGAGCUUUCAGUGCUGCCAAAGCAGCAGAGGUAGUUUGUAAUAAAUGACAGGAUGACCCCACCUUUAAUAACGGGACCAUCCUCAACACCGACCAAGUGUGUCUACUCUUGCAACUGCUUCAGUCCACGCAGGCCAGCUGUGACUGAGCAGGUCACGUGCCAGUCGAAAGACAGUGUGCUGCCGGUCUGUGAGCUGGAGAGACACUCAGACGACACACAAGAGAGAAGUCUUCAAAAACAAACUUUGCAGAGCCAUCUUGCAUUUUCCCCGACCGUGGAUGAAAGAGGACUGCUCCUUGUUCUUUUCCUACAUCCUCCAAGAGUUUUCUUUGUAUGUUUUCCACAGAAAGCAGCAAUGCUUCCAUUCUACCUCCUAACUUUUGCUGUCACCAUCCAAGCCCACAGCCAGCUGUUGCCAGGCUCUUGCAACUUUGAGUCCAACACCUGCGGAUACACGUCAGAUGCAGACUUUAUGAGCUGGACCCUGCAAAAAGAUGGCCGUUUUGUCACAGUGGAAGCAGCCGUGAAUGAGGAUCAGGAGGACUACAUAGGCAGUGGUGCCGACCCUCAGCGAGAGAUCAUAGGGGUGCUGCUGAGUCCCCGUUUGGAGCAUGGUGAGUGGAGCUGCCUGAGGCUUGUCUAUCAGAUCACAGAGUCAGGAAGCCUGGAGGUCCUGCAGCGCACCGAGGGGAACAGCUUUGACAGGCCGCUGUGGAGCAGCCGGUUGCCCUCCGACAGCUGGGUGGUCUCAAGCAUCGACCUGCAGAACAAUACAGAGCCUUACAGGGUCGUCAUCGAAGGUAAACCUGGGUCGAGCAAAGGGAGCAGCGUGGCCAUCUUUGAGAUCCACAUCAGCCCCGGAUACUGCCUGGAAUGUGAUUUUGAGGAGUCUCACCUGUGUGGAUACAAUAACCAGUGGAAUGCCAAUGUAAACUGGUAUGUGGGAGGAGGCGGGGUCCAGGUUCUCCACAAUGAUAUGCCAAAUGAUCACACAUACAACAACAGGUCAGGUCACUUCAUGUAUGUCGACUCCAUCUACGGCAAGACCUUCAAAGAAGUGGCCAAACUGGUGUCUCCAAUGACGCAGGUGCCAAUGUCCGGCUGUCUGAGUUUUCAGUAUCAGCGCAGUGAGAUAGGAAACCUCUUCUCUGUUUUCACCCGGGACCAGCUGGGUCAGUACCAGGAGUUGUGGAGGGCAGGGUUGGAGAAUCAAAACGACUGGACAGAAAUUCCUGGAGAGUGGAUACCUGUGCAGGUGGACAUGAAGGCACCCUACUCGGUACAGGUGGUCUUUGAAGUGGCGUUUAACAGUCCACGUGGCGGACGUGUUGCACUUGAUGAUAUUUCCUUUUCUUCACAGUUCUGCACCACAGACACUGAGCCAACUUUUGAUCCCUCUAUCGCCAACUGUGAUUUUGAGUCUGGUUUCUGCCUCUACACCCAGGAGCAGGCGAAGGAGUCACCGUGGAGAAGAGUCUCCGUGAAGCCCAACAUAUUCAGGAAUGGAGACCACACCACAGGAGCAGGAUCUUUCCUGUUGGCUCACUCCCGACUGGGCCCACGCUCCGGCUACGUUAGCCGCCUCAUCGGUCCAACUCUGGCCGGGAACAUGAAGUACUGUCUGACAUUUUACUUCUCUUUGAGGGGUUUCAAUCAGACGGACCAGGCUCUGGCUGUUUAUCUGCUGCACGUGAACGGCAGCCAGGAGAAGAUCUGGACUCAGGCAGAGAGGUCGAGGGGAAUCUGGAUCGCAGCGGAUGUCACCUUCCAGACGUCACAGCCUGCCAAGGUGGUCUUCGUGAGCACCUGCAGGAGUUUCUGGGACUGUGGCUCUGUGGCUUUGGAUGACAUCAGCAUGAGCCUUGGAGACUGCGAGCUGGUGGCAGGCCUGCUGUCGUCUCUUCUCCCUGGACGCUGUGAUUUUGAAGCAGGGUUGUGUGGUUACACUCAGGACAAGAAGAGCGACGCUGCUGACUGGGAGAGGAGGAGGGGCCCCACACCGACCUCAUACACCGGACCCAGAGGGGACCACACGAUGGGACUUGGAUACUACCUCCACCUGGAGGCGUCACCAGUGCUGCCCAGCCAGAACGCCCGACUGCUGUCCCGCCCUGUGAGAGGAACCAGGGGACAGCACUGUAUUAGCUUUUUCUACCACAUGUAUGGGUCGGGCACAGGCCAGCUUAAUGUUCGCAUCAACAAAUAUGGAAAGGAAGAGCUGCUGUGGCAGAGGAGCGGCGAGCAGAGCAUCGCGUGGCUGAAGGCCCAAGUCGAGUACCAGUGUCACAGCCAGCAUCAGAUUGUGUUUGAAGCGAUCAGGGGUUCUUCAAUAAGGAGUGACAUUGCCAUUGAUGAUGUUAUUUUGGAAGGUGGACCUUGCCCAGAAAUGGGGAUCAGCACCACUGUGGGAACCUCCAAUGAGAUCGAGUAAAGGGUGCAAGGAGUGCAAACAGCGUAUAAUGCUUACCCCCCCUCCCCUUCCUGUUUUUUGCACAUUACAGACAACUCAAAAUGUUGUUGAGUCCUGACUCCUGCAUGUCAGUCUAAACAUGUGGACAAAGGAAACUUCUCAUGUAGUUUCUCUCUUCUUGGAGCGACACAUAUCAGUCAUGUCACAGUCAGCGUUCCUCUGCACUGUAGCAGCAGUGAGCAUGUUAAAGUGUUUUUCUUCACAUUUGUAUUGCAUUAGAUUAAUGCUCAUUGCUCAAAUAAAGCGAGGACGUUCUUUAACAUGAGUUGCUUUAGGUUCUCUCUGUUGAUGCCUGGAGUUGGAUACAAGAAAUACUGUAUUUUACUGUCACCUAGUGGGAAUACAGCAUAGCAUACAGGGCCAUUUAUAAAGGAACAGUGUGAGGGAAUUGAGAUUCCUUCUCAAGUGAUUCAACCCCCAGUCACACCUUGAACCAUGUCGCCUGAAUAAUUCUUAUGGUGGGUAAAUGACUCUACGGACCUCUUCCAAGGUGACAACCACAUUA